AUGACACCUUUUAAUCUGUCACGUUUUUUUUAUACAAGUAUAUCUUUAAGGACUUUAUCCAAUUUUAAAUUAUCGCAUAGAUGUUUUGACAUAAAACGAUAUGCUAGUACCACUACUAUAUCAUCUGACAAUACAGCGCCGAAAGUUGACCCUGAAGAUUUGCUUCGUCUUCAACGAUUACGCAAUAUUGGUAUCAGUGCCCACAUCGAUUCCGGAAAAACAACAUUAACUGAGAGAAUUCUCUAUUAUACUGGACGAAUAAAAGCGAUUCAUGAGGUCCGCGGAAAAGAUGGCGAAGGUGCUAAAAUGGAUAGUAUGGAGUUGGAACGUGAACGAGGAAUAACUAUCCAAUCUGCCGCUACAUAUUGUAAUUGGAAUUGGAAAGACCAUGGAGACUAUAAUAUCAACAUCAUUGAUACUCCAGGUCAUGUUGACUUUACAAUCGAAGUUGAACGCGCUCUUAGAGUUCUUGAUGGUGCCGUGUUAGUUUUAUGUGGUGUUUCUGGAGUCCAGAGUCAAACUAUCACCGUAGAGUUAAAG